AUGGCUUCCCCCGAUUCGCAGCCCAAGCCCAGUAGCAACGGCGCCACGACGGGAGACCCCGCCAUCAAGCUUGGGCACCAGCAAAGGCAGAAAAUAUUUACCCCGCCAAAUUUUGCGUUGCUGCUAUGCCUCCUCCUCAGUCUGGUCAAUUUUUACCACCUACAAAAGCCAGGCCCAGCUUCUGUCGUUUACGUUCAAGAACCUAGUACUCCAAUUCCUCCCACCAUCUACAAAAACACCGCCAAAAUGUCCACCGAGCAGACCUUCAUUGCCAUUAAGCCCGACGGCGUCCAGCGCGGUCUGGUCGGCCCCAUCAUCUCCCGCUUCGAGCAGCGCGGCUACAAGCUGGUUGCCAUUAAGCUGGUCACCCCCGGCAAGGCCCACCUCGAGCAGCACUACGCCGAUCUGAAGGACAAGCCCUUCUUCGCUGGCCUCGUUGAGUACAUGAACAGCGGCCCCAUUGCCGCCAUGGUCUGGGAGGGCCGUGACGCCGUCAAGACCGGCCGUACUCUCCUCGGUGCCACCAACCCCCUUGCCUCGGCCCCUGGCACCAUCCGUGGUGACUACGCCAUCGACGUCGGCCGCAACGUCUGCCACGGCUCCGACAGCGUCGAGAACGCCAAGAAGGAGAUCGCCCUUUGGUUCAAGGAGGGUGAGGUCGUCAGCUACCAGGCCUCGCAGGCUUCCUGGAUCUACGAGAAGCCGUAAGCUUCUCGAAGAGGGAAAUACAAUAAAGGAGACUUUUGAUGACGGAUUGAAUGUCGAAUAAACUUGACUCGGUUGGAUGUAUCAAGGCAAGGGCGAUUUGCUCAUGUCAGAAACAUGCUGAACAAGUCAAAAUAGAUAGGCAAUGCAGCAAAAUCAGUCUCAAACAUUCCUUGUACUGUAUGGUUAAUUGUCCAAGUCUGGUCUGUAGAUGACGGCUACCUCUUCCGGAACAAGGACUUGGCCCUCACAAUAACCCCAGCAAACCACGGAGUAGCCCACAAGCUACCCGCUAUCCUCAAAGGCAACAUGGCCUUGGUGAUGGCAUAGGCAAGCGCAACCUCCACAACGAUGCGGUAGGGACCCUGCGCGGCCUGAACCUUGGUGAGCGCAUCGGUGCUUGAGUCUUGCUCGCCAUCCUCGGAAGCAGCUUCGUUCAGCCCGAACCAGCCCUUGCGCCGAAAGUACCGCUCAAACUUGCCCAACCCCUCCUCCACGUACGACCCAUACCGCUCCGCGACCCAUGCCACUGGGGCGACAUGCAGGUCGGUGUUAUGAAACAGGGCAAACAGGGCGAUCAAGGGCAGGAUGGCGGUCAGCUCGUGCAGGAUCAGAAAGGCGGCGACGUGGGACAGCGGGGCCGACUCGAGGCGCGCGACGUACGGUCGGAGCGGUCGGGGCAGCCGGGCGACGAUUCGGGGGAUGGCAGAUGGUGGGGUUGCUUCAGAUGGAGGUUUGGUGGGUUCUGGCGGCGGAGUGGUGUAUCUGCGUCUGAAUUGGCCGAGGCGGAAGAGGCGUGGUUGUCGCGUUGUGGCUCGACGGAGGAGCUGGGAGGCUGACAUGGUGAUGGGAAUACGAAGCUGGUAGGUGCGAGCUGUUUUCGGCUGUUAUUGACUCAUUUGAAGGUAAUGGAGAAUUAUGCCGCAAUAAUAAUGUCGACAACAGCUUUAUCGAUGUGAGAAAAGCCUAUGUUCGAGACCUAAAUCUUU